AUGGCAGAUAAUUCUGAUCUAAUGGAAGAGCUCUCAUUAGAACAAAUACAUCGAAAGGAGAAAAAAGAAUUACAGGCUCAAAUUCAAGCUCUUAAAAAAGCAGCUAAAAAUGAUAAAACGAAAAAGAAAGAGCUUGUUUCAGAAAUAGCAAAAUUGGAGGCAGAUCUAGAAAUGCGGCAUAAAAAAGAACUUGAGUUAGUUACGACUGAUGACAGUGCAAACUUGGUUUCAGAAUUUACUCAAGAAAUAAAAGAGAAUGAUAACGUCAAGCCAAAAAUUUCAAAAGCACAAAAACGUCGUGAUAAAAAAAUACAGCAAGAAAAAAGUAGAGAACUAGAAAUUAAAUUACAAGAACAAGAAAAUAUUAAUGGCCCCAGAAAUAUAGAGAAUCAAGCUAUAUUAUCACGAUUAAAGGAAAGAAACUUAAAAAUGUAUUCUGUUCCUUCAGAUGGUGAUUGCUUAUAUAAGGCUGUUGUCCAUCAAUUAGAAAGAAAAUACAAUAAAGUUAUAUAUGUAAAUGACUUAAGAAAAAUGAUAGCAUUGCAUAUUUUGGAGAACAAAGAUGAUUUCAUGCCAUUUCUAAGUAACUCUCACACUAAUGAAAUGCUUACUGAUAAUGAGUUUAAAGAAUAUUGUAACCAAAUAAGUAAUACAAAAGUAUGGGGAGGUCAGUUGGAGAUAAGAGCCAUAUCUAAUGUUUUGAAGUGUCCUAUUACUGUAAUACAGGCUACUGGCCCAGAAGCAAUAGAACAAGGUACUGAAUUUCAAGGUCCACCAUUGAUACUAUCAUAUCAUAGACAUAUGUAUAGUUUAGGAGAACAUUAUAAUUCAACUGAACCUCUCCCAAAAGAUAUU